UACAUCAGAAUGUAGCUUUUGUUUCCCUAUUGUCUUUGGAUGCUCAAUCAGUCGCAAUCAUGCAGCCGAACAGGAAAUCUUAUCCGUUUGGACUUUUGGCCGUCCAUCUUCUGUUUGCAAGUGCCUUAGCUUUAAAUGGUGAAAGUGCCAGUGGGACAGAUGAGGGGCGGUUCUUCUUCCAUGGAAAACCAAUCCUGAUCAUGCCGCCUACGGCUCCCACUCGUCAUCAGCUUAUCAGUGGUAUCGGUAUACCGUUGGGCACUCCCGAGUCCAUAACUACCGGAUGGGUAAUAAAGGCCCAAUAUUUUCUACCGACCAAGGUCGACGACUACAAACCGGUGUACUUGGAAGGUUGGAAUGAUACUCGAAGAUCUUUUGAAAAGCGAGAAGCGGCUACCAAUGCUCCGGAUGCGGAACACUACGAAGCGUACACGGCUAAGGACGUCCAAGUCGACGUGGAGCCUCUUCCAGAAAAGUUGGACAACGGAGCUGGAGAUGAAGAUGACUAUUUUGAAGACGGAGGCGAUGACUAUUGGCUGGAUGCUGAAGAGGAGAAAUCGUACGAGACGGUGAGCCAAAUGAUGCCUCCGUCCAAUUUGGAGUCGAAGAUGUCCGAUGGUUACAAUGCAGAUAGUUCGAGGUGGAUGGCGUACAAGUCGAUGGAGUAUCUCGGUGAACAGUAUGGCUCAGGAGGUCGAGAAUGUGUCUUGCGGAGCAUUUGCGAAGCGGCCAGCGCAGAGUUCACCCAUACGGGUGGAGUGUUUGCGGAGUUGCUGCACAUUGUUUUUACGCCGUCGAGUACUUCGGAACCACCGUCGGAGCAUAGUGACAAUGAGUAUUACCGGGCGGAGCAAUUGGGAAGGGAAGGCGCCCCGUGUCAUUUGGUGUUCCACGAGUGCCGGAAUUCGCUGCUGGACGUGUUCACGGGUAUUCAUGAUCCGGAGACGAAUUCUUUGAAAGUGGCUCAUGAAAAGGUUUUGCGAUCGUUUAUGAAAUAAAUAAUUUUAAAG